AUGGAGCCCAGGGAGACUUUGGGCAGCUCCCAGCAAAGGUGGGGGGAGGCAGACUUUCUGCCAGCCACCAUCACCUCCACGAAGCCUAUGCCUGUUUCCGGCUGUGCAGGGGAAACAAUGCUGCCUUCAAUGGACUUGGGAAAAGGGGUCCCAAUGAGCAGUGAGAGGCUGGAGCCAGAGGAAGAGGAUGAGUUGGGUUCUGAGAGAGACAUGGAUUCCACUUCCAAUGCAGACAGUGAGAAAUGGGUGGUGGGAGAGGAGGAGCAGGAGUUUUCCAUCAAGGAGGCUAACUUUAUGGAGGGGAGUUUAAAACAGAAGAUCCAGACCACCAAGAGAGCUAAGAAGCCCCCAAAGAACUUGGAGAACUAUAUUUGCCCUCCUGAGAUCAAAAUCACCAUCAAGCAGCCUGGGGAGCAGAAGCUUUCCAGAGCUGGGGAAAACAGCAAAGCAGCUAACAAGGAGGACAAAUCACACUCCAAAAAGAAGGGAAAAGUCAUUAGAAAUGCAAAACUGCUCAUGAGUUGUGAUUACAGAAAAGGGAAAAAUGCUCAAGGGAAAGACUCAGAUCAGACUCAGAUGAAGAAUUUGGGAAGAGAGUAUGGGUUCACUGUGCGGAGUCCAGUGACAAAAUCUGUGAACAUAGUUUAUGACAGAUCACAAAAACAUUCUCCUCUGCACUAUGAUCUGGGCCUCCAAAAAGACUUCACCAGUGACACCUUAAAAUCAAAGCACCAGCAGAAAAGUAUCAACCAGCACCAUCUUGACUGGUCAGAGAACUCCAAUACUAGAUUUGUUUCUCAAAAUUGCUUCAUCAACACAGAACCCAGUCGAGAAGCAGUUAGUGCCACCAAGGUCUCCACUUUGGACCCAGGUGUUUCCUUCAGCAAAUCCCAAGCAAAGAAAUCCUGCACCAGCAUCAUGUGGGGGCAGCUGUCAGACAGUAAGAUUGCCAUUUGCAGUGCAGCCCCAUCAUCCAACAACAUCAGUGCAGCCACCCAGCCCAGCAGCACCUCUGAACACAAUAGGCUUCUGCCUCUCAGUGAUCAAGAGGAAGGUGUGAAGCUGGAGGCCCCUGAUCAUCCUACUGGGAGUACAAAGAAGUCCAGCAAAAAAGACUUGAUAAGUCAAGCCAUCCAAACUGCAGACAUUGAAUGGGAGAAAAGUGCUCAAAAAGCAUUUGACAGCAAACCCCAUGACAGCAUGGAAGGGAAAAAGGAUUCUUACUCUAUGGACAGUGUGUUGGAUACAUCACCCUCGAAGCAGAAUCCCACUUCUGCUAGCAGUUGUGAAAGAGACAGCAGUCACAUACAAAUUACUAUCCCAGUAAAGUCUCCAAUAACAGAUACAUCUGGCCACAAAAGGAAACAAAGGCAAUCCACAAAAUCUUUCAUAGAGAAAACUAUCCAGGAGAAAAGCCUGUAUUUUGGACUUGCUAUGAGCAGUGAAGUAGCAAACAGGACUAGCUCUCAACCAGAGGUGAGUAAAAAAGAUCUUCGAGCCACAAAGCCAGGGAAAGUGACUGAAAAUUAGUCCCUCUUAGCAGCUAUUGACAGUGGUGUGCUCACUAACAAAGCUUCCCCCAACAGUGCCACCAGACUCAGAAAAUCUGUAGCUGUGACAUCCACUCUCCUACCCACCAGUCUUCCCACAGCUGGCAAAUUAUCUGAGGUCCAGCACUCCAAACAUGCAGCUAAGUGGCGAUGGACCUGCAGCAAACCUAAAUCCAUCCCUUGGGAGACCUCCAUGACAACAUCUGAGAAGCUGAUGGUGGAGCCUCCUUCAGCCUAUCCCAUCAUACCAUCCAGCCCUCUGUAUACCAAUACAGACAGUCUUACUGUGAUCACACCUGUCAAGAAAAAAAGAGGACGACCAAAGAAACAACCUUUGCUCUCUAUUGAAACGAUUCAUGAAGGAACCUCCACCAGCCCAGUGAGUCCAAUCAAUUGUGAAUUUCCAGGAAUGAAGAAAAGGAAGAGGAGAUGGAAUCUGGCCAAGUUGGCCCAGAUGGUCUCGGGAGAGGACAAGUCUAUCAGUGAACUCAGGUUUCACAGAAAGGUCGGGAAGCUUGGGGUCUUGGAUAAGAAGACCAUCAAGACCAUUAAUAAAAUGAAGACCCUCAAGAGGAAGAAUAUUCUCAAUCAGAUCUUGUCUUCCUGCUCCAGCAGCAUAGCUCUGAAAGCAAAAGCCCAUUCACUGUGUAGCACUGGGCCAACCACCAUUGAUGCCAGACUAGGGAAGCAGAUCAAUGUCAGCAAGAGGGGGACUAUCUACAUUGGUAAAAAAUGGGGCAGAAAGCCAAGAGCAGAGCUGCAGCCUCAGCCAGAACCUAAGACAGCCAUCAAGCAUUCAAGGCUCAUUUCCAGCCAGCCAGAAAACCCAGCAGUGCCUUCCAACCUGCAGUCACUCGUGGCAUUGUCACCAGCAGCUAUUAAUCCACUUUCAACACAGUUAGUGAGGACUAAUGGCCACCUUAGCCCUGCAAGCACUGAGACAAAUUUUUCAGAGUUAAAAACUAUGCCAAAUCUUCAACCUAUCAGCGUUUUUCCUACAAAAACCCAGAAAGGAAUGCACAGUGGAACUUGGAAGCUGUCUCCAACCAGGUUAAUGGCUAAUUCACCUUCCCGCCUCUGUGAAAUAGGUUCUCUGAAAAAAGUCACACUGUCACCAGUGAGUGAGUCUCACAGUGAGGAAACCAUACCGAGUGACAGUGGGAUAGGUACAGACAACAACAGCACUUCUGACCAAGCUGAGAAAAGCUCAGAAUCCCAACAGAGAUACUCCUUUGAUUUCUGCAUCCUCGACAAUCCAGAGGCUAUCCCAUCUAACACCAGCACAAAGAAUAGGCAUGGUCACUGGCAGAAACAUCUCAUUGUGGAUAACUUUCUCUCUCAUGAGACUAUUAAAAAGCCAAAGCACAAGAGGAAAAGGAAAAGCCUGCAGAACAGAGAUGACCUCCAGUUUCUGGCAGACCUCAAGGAACUCAUCAAUAAGUUUCAAGUGUUCAGGAUUUCCCAUAGAAGUUACACAUUUUAUCAUGAAAAUCCAUAUCCCAGCAUCUUCAGGAUUAAUUUCAAUCACUACUACCCUGUGUCAUAUAUCCAGUAUGACCCAUUGCUCUAUCUUCGCAGGACCUCUGACAUAAAGUCUAAGAAGCAGCGUGGUAGACCUGCCAAAACCAAUGACACCAUGACAAAGGUGCCUUUUUUACAAGGGUUCGGUUACUCUAUUCCCAGUGGGAGUUACUAUGCACCCUAUGGAAUGCCUUACAUGUCAAUGCCUAUUAUGAAUCUUGGUUAUUAUGGUCAGUAUCCAGCUCCUUUGUACCUGUCUCACACACUCAGAGCGGCUUCCCCAUUUAUGAGACCUACCGUGCCCCCACCCCAAUUCCAUGCAAGCUCUCAUAUGAAGAUGUCCACCACUGCCAAGCAUAAAGUGAAACAUGGAGUGCACCUACAAACACCUGUGGGAAUGGGCCUUGGAGACAUGCAGUCCUCUUUGACUCCUCCAAAGGUUGGAGGAACAAGCCUUUCAAGUGGCCGACUUUACAAAAGGAAACACAAACAGAAGCACAAGCAUAAGGAUGAGCAGAUAUUAGGGACACGUGAAGAUCUGAGUGGUCUCUUUGCUAGCAAGUCCACCAGAUUUUCCAGCCAUGCAAUCAAUGAAAGUCUAAGCAGCUCAGAUAAGGACCUCUCCUUGCUCAACGAGAAAAACAAGCAUAAGGAGAAGCAGAAUCAUCAGCAUUGUGAAAACAGACACAAAGGCUCAAAGAGUAACUUUGAAGUGGAUACACUGUCUAUGUUAUCACUUUCUGAUGCCCAGCAGUGGACACAAAGUAAAGAUAAAAGUGACUCAAGCAAUGAUCCCAUUGACUCUUGCACAAAGCAAUACUCUGGUAAUACUGAGAGUAAAGGAAAUUCAGAGUCCCUGGACAUGUUUGGUGAAAUGAAUUCCUUGAGUGAGAAGUGGGACAAUGAUGCAAGUGGGAAUAAAAGAAGCUUUGAAGGGUUUGGAACUUACAGGGAAAAGGACAUUCAGCCCUUCAGGACAAAUAGGAAUGACAGAAGUAGCUAUGAUUCUUCAGACUCUUCAGGUAUCUUGGGUCUCCACUUAAAGGCAGACCAGACUUCACUUCAUAGUAACUUGGAGAGUUCUGCCUGUAACGUGAUGAUUAAAAGGAAACUGGCAGCUGUUGACAGUGUUGCAAUGCCGACUCCAGUAUUAUCUCUCCUACCUUCAUCGUCAGCAACAUCUGAAGCAGCCAGCACACCACUAAAAAAAAGGUUCAAGCAUGCAAUCCAGUGCGAAGUGCUCAAGAUGUGUAACUACACCAGGAUCCUUUCCACGAAGAAGAACCUGGAUCAUGUGAACAAGAUCCUGAAAGCCAAGUGGCUGCAGAGACAAGCAAAGAAAGGCAAUAACUUUGUCAAGAAGUGGAGGGGAUGUCCUUGGAAGCAACCCCUGUCCUUCUACAAAGACUUCAGAGAUCAAAUGCCUGUUCUGGAAAAACACAUUGAUCUUCCUAGCAAAAGAGGUCAGAGACUGAUGCUCAACCCUUUGAUACUGGAGCAAGCAGCCACUCAAGAUACAAUCAUGGCCACCAUCGAGGCUGUCAUACACAGGCCUCCUCUCCCUCCUCCCCUGUCUCCACCCCCUCUCCCUCUGCCUCCGACACCCCGGGAUGGGAAAAGGAAAAAUAAGGAGGAGGUGGAAGAUGUGAAAGUGAAGUGUCACUGGAAAGGCAGAGGGAGCAAGUGCAAAGGCCUUCCCAAAGGCUGGCAGACCCCAUUGGAUGUUUGGUGCUGGUAG